AUGGGGGGUAUAAUAAGGGUCCCGGGACCUGAGCGUCUCAAAGUCAAGCUGAAACACUCCCCAACUGCAAGGACUGAGUUGAAGCUGAUCAUCAUCAGUGAUGAUUCUUUUCAGGACACUCAGACUGACUUGGAGGUGAUCUUGGAGUUUCUAGAGGAGUACUACAGACAGAAUUCUGCAGAAAAUGUGAACAAGGUGUCCUGCAGCGCAGGUAUUCCUGUGGACAGGAGACUUCUGUCCGUAGAUCCAACCUACGAGCAACGCUGGACAUACCACGAUGCAUCUGCCAUAAAACCCGCAUCUCUGCCCUUCCUGGCACAUGAUGCUCAACCAGCCUUGGGCCAAAACACAACAGCGACAUUGUCAGAGCACGGGUCACUCCCAAACUUCAUGUCAACAAGACAAUCAAGCAGACACCCAACCGCAGCAGCAGGGAGUGGUAGAAAGGUGCGCCUCUUUCACUUCCUGUUUGAGAUGCUGGAGGAUCCAAGCAUGACACACUGCCUGUCGUGGGUGCCGGCGGCCAGCGGCGUUUUCCGCUUCUCCUCCAGGAACAAGGACCAGGUGGCAGCGCUCUGGGGGCAGAGGAAGGGCAACAAGAGACCCAUGACCUACCAGAAGAUGUCCCGGGCGCUCAGGAACUACGCCCGGUCCGGAGAAAUCUUCAAGGUGAAGAAGAAGCUCACCUAUCAGUUCAGCCAGGACACUCUGUUGUUGCUACAGAUGCGUCAUCAAGGACGUUUGUAGAUUUUAUGCACUUACAGUAUCUCAUCCUUAUGUGCGCAACUUUUUUUUUUAAUGUUUGU